UUGACCCGACCCACCACCAUCCAACUUUCUAAUUUUUGGUCGAAUUUCACCAUCCGACUGGUCACCGCCGUGAUUUGAGCUUCAUUGUGAGAAAGUCAACGCCUUAAAAAAUACUAAACAAAAACUUGUGCAAAAGAUUGAUUAUUUAAUUGCAUAAUAUUGAUUUUCCAUCUGGAGAUUCGUACUUCAGAGCCCGUUGAGUAAGAAAUGUGCUACUUAUUGAAUUAAAUAAUAAAAAAAUGAUGGAUUUUUUCAACUUUGAGUAAGUUGGUAAGCUUAAGAAUACGAAUUUACAGCCCUGGAAGCUCAAGCGGGAAGUGCAUGAGAGAGAGAGAGUUCGGAGUAUUUUUGAAGCAUUACUGCGAGAUUCAAUCUUUCAUUUAUUUAUUUAUCUGGGUUCUUUGUGGGAGAGAGUUUGGAAUAUAUAUAAUGUUAAGUUUGUGCAAAGGAAGAUCGAUUUGGCUUCAGUUUGAUGCAUUUUCCUGGAGCUUCUUCUUUAUCCGGGUUGAUGAACUGAGAAAAGAAAGGAUCAGAUUGGUGUUUGGUUAGAAGGAAAGCUGAAGUGUUGUAUUUUAGUAAGGAUGGGGAGGUCAUGCCAUCCCAAAUGUAGGCUGGGUAGAUUAAUGAGUUGGCUUCAGAUUGUAUUGGGAGGCCUUGUUAUAAUUUUCAGCAUAUGUAGUCUCUUCAAGUUCUACUCUGCAGGGUUUUUCUUGCACAAUGAGGACAUAUGCCGACAAUUUUAUGGCGUCAGGGAGGCAUACGAAGGGUUCGACCUAAAAGCUUUGUCUGAUCGAGUAGGGGAAGUGCUAAAUAGACUGGAAAGCUUACAAGAAAAGCUUGAAUCAGCUGUGCAGCAAAUGGAGAAGAACAAAGUGGACUUGCAUACAACUAAUAUUACAAAAUUGGAGUACAAGAAGUAUCUGGAGGAGGAAGUAAUCAGGCCUCUUUAUAGUGCUCACAUUUCUCUGAGACUGAUUAGGUUACCUAAGCCCGAAGGUAUUAGAAACUCUACGAUGAAGGAGGAGCCUUUGAUUAACACUUUUGUGACUGAAGAGAUAAGGAAGUAUAUAACACCAAAGCAGAGUAGAUUUGGAAAGAUUACUAUAUAUGGUACAGAGAGGAUAUCCAAUACAAUUGGACAUGCCUGUGUGUUAUACAAGAAAGAGCUGGAAGAGUACAUGAGCUAUGACAUUGGGUCUUAUUGUAAAGACGAUUGGAACUUAGCACAGAAGCUGAUGCUUAACGGUUGUGAUCCUUUGCCCCGAAGGAGGUGCUUGACAAGGGCCUCCAUGGUUUACCAGAAGCCUUACCCAAUCAAUGAGUCUCUGUGGAGAUUGCCAGAUGAUAGAAAUGUGAGGUGGAGCAAAUAUCUGUGCAGGAACUUUAAGUGCUUGAUGGGCAAUAACAGUAGGGGUUAUUCUAAGUGUGUCGGGUGUUUUGAAAUGGAGAAGGAAAAACUUAAAUGGGUUACAAACAGCUCCCUUCCCAUUGAUUUUCUGAUCAAUGAUGUGUUGGCUAUUAAGCUGGGGGAGAUAAGGAUUGGUCUUGACUUUGGUAUUGGUACAGGAACCUUUGCUGCAAGGAUGAGGGAACAUAAUGUUACAAUAGUCUCUACUGCUCUUAACCUUGGAGCUCCUUUCAAUGAGAUGAUUGCACUGAGAGGUUUGAUCCCAUUGCACCUAACAUUGAAUCAACGGCUGCCAUUCUUUGAUAACAUAAUGGACAUGAUUCAUACCGGUGGGUUUUUGGAUGGCUGGAUUGACCUGCAAUUGCUGGAUUUUAUCCUGUUCGAUUGGGAUCGAAUUCUGAGGCCGGGCGGGUUGUUAUGGAUUGACCGGUUCUUCUGUCAAAGAAAGGAUUUGGAUGUCUUCAUGUACAUGUUUCUGCAGCUGAGAUACAAGAAGCACAAGUGGGCUAUUUCUCCUAAAUCAAAGGACGAGGUCUACUUUUCUGCACUGUUGGAGAAACCUCCAAGAGCAAUAUGAUCAUAUUGUAUGAAACUUUCUUCUUCUUGGGUCACACUUACCUAUAGUUUACUAACAUACAUGUUUGGAAGGCCCCAAAGCCACCAAUCAUAUUUGGUGGUA